AUGAUUCAAAAACUAAUUAAGAAUAGACAACGCCUGAAAUGGGUUCUAUUCACCGGUGCAUCAUUAUGGAUAUUUUUCAUCCUAGAUUUCAUGAAUUCAAAUUAUUACAACACGGAAAGCCAUAUACUGUCAUAUUCCAUUUAUAACGUAUAUGACAAUCUACAUGAGGAAACCGAGUCUCCACCGAAAUCUGCCUUGUCAUCGUCAUUACUCGAACCUUCAACAAAUCAACAAACUAGCGACUUCAAAAACCAUUUACUUUACAAAUCGUUAAUAAGCAGUCUAUUCCAGAACACUACCAAACAAACAAAAGAUUUAAACUCAAAUAUCUAUGAUGACAUUUUCAGCAAUCAUAAACUUGAGACAGUUUUGGGAACAUUGUCAUUCAAAGAGAGAUGUGAUUUGUAUUUCAAAAAUGUUUUCGCUGAAGAUGUGAACUGGCAUUUCAACCCUGAUACAAGGUAUGAUAUGCAUUUUGAUAAAAACACUAAAGAGUUCAAAGACUUUAUCAAAGUGAAAGAACUAGUUAUACAAGAAAAGUUUGACAAGAUGAAAGAAAAAUUCAAAGAAGAAGAUUAUAAUAGAGAAUUGAGCAAAUUAAAGAAAUCUAUGUUUACUGAUUUCUUGAAUGAAAAAUUUGAACAAGAGAUUGUAAAUCGAUUAUCAACUUUUAGAAUCUUCAAUAAAUGCUAUAUAACAAACGACGAAACUCCUCAAAUCAACAAGAUCAACCAAUUUAUCACUAAUCAACAAAAGUUAGUCCAAGAUAUUCAUCGUGAUGAAAGUGGAAAUUUUUACAAGAGUAAAAUAGAUAAAUUAAAGUUAACAAACAAGGAAGCUUUGGUUGAUUUGAUGGUUACUAAAUCAUCGACAUUUGAACAUAGAGUUUACCCUUGGAUAUCCAAGGAAUACCCAGUAUAUGAACGAUGGACAGGCAAAGUUUAUCAUGAGCCACCAAAUUAUUAUGAAAUUUUGAAUCAUGAUCCAAUGCAAAAAACUCCUAAAAAAAUCCAACAAUCAAACAAUGCUGCUCAGCCAUUUUUAAAACAAUUUAAAAAUAAAUUCAAUGGUAGAGGGAUAGUUUUAACUAUUGGGAAUCAACAUUCUGACUAUGCUGUGAGUUUAAUUCAUUUGUUACGAGCUUUGGAUAACAAAUUACCUAUACAAAUUGUUUAUUAUGACGAUGUUAAUGAAGAAUCAAAACGGAAAAUAGUCACUGCUGCACAAGAAGAUUUCCGAUCUUUACCACAUUCAUUUGAAAAAGUUGCCCAUUUAUUUGGUGAUAAGUAUAUCAAUUCCCAAGGUAAAGGAUUGCAACCACAAGAAGUUUGGUUUGUGAAUGCCUAUAAUUCCAUUCAUAAAAAUUAUCGUGGGAAAUUUUCUCGAUUCGGUAAUAAAUUAUUGGCUAGUUUGUUCAAUUCUUUUAGUGAGUUUAUGUUGAUUGACGUUGAUACUGUUUUAAUGCAACCUCCAGAAUAUUUCUUCCAAUUGAAAAAUUAUCAAACAACUGGAACUUAUUUUUUCAAAGAUCGAUCAGUUUUGCAAAGAAGAACAGUGGAGGAUGGUAAGUUUUUUGAACGAAUGGGUCCAUCAACAGUCGACCAAAUGAUGUUUGAUAUUCCCAUAAUGACAAAUUAUACUACCACAAGAGAAUUAUUUAGAGGAUUGCAACAUUAUAUGGAGUCGGGGUUGGUGAUGAUCAAUAAAGAUAAACAUUUGAAUUCAAUCUUAAUGAUCACACAAAUUAAUCUUAUAGGACCCAUUACAGGGAAAGUUUGGGGUGAUAAAGAGUUAUUCUGGUUAGGAUUUGCCAUUAAUGGUGAUGAAGAAUAUUAUUUUGAUGACAAUUUUGCAGCCGCAAUUGGUGAGUUGACUCCGCCACAAGACCGAGCCCGCAAAGAUGGGACAUGGCAUCAUUCAAAAGAAAUUUGUUCACCGCACCCAGGACAUGUCAGUGGAGAUGACAAUCAUAGUUUAUUAUGGAUAAAUUCAGGGUUCCGUUUCUGUCAUCAAGCAGAUGAAGUUAAUUUCGAAAAAGAGGCGAAAAAGAAAACUCGGUUAAAACAUUUACACACAGCAGACCAGUUUAGAACUUUUUAUUAUAAUCCAUUAAGAAUAACUCAUGCUGUUGUACCACCAUUAGAUCAAGAUUUGCAAGAUCGUAAAAAUGCUAUGGAUGAACCAACUAGCGGAUGGUUAUGGGAGUCGGGUUAUUGCAAAAGAUAUAUGUGGUGUGCUUACUCAAGUGUUGGUGGGCCACAAAAGCGUCCUGAUGAAAAGGAUGACACAGUAGAUAACAAUGAAACUAAAGAUAACACGUUAGAUGGUAUAUUGGUGGAAUAUAAUCAAGAUGAAAUAGCCUUGUUUAAUUAUUUGGGUGACAUUUGGGUAGGCACGGAGUAA